AUGGCUUCGACGCAAGCGAGUACGGCUGAUUCGAUUAGUUUCUCCUCGUUCAUAGAAGAUGACUCUCAAGUGACGAGUGAGACUACAAAAGAAGGUGGCGCUUUCUUUGUCCGAGCAGAUACAAGCAUCAGUCGAGAAGAAACCGCCAUUAGAUCGCGUCAGGCUAGCGAAGAGCUCGAUGACAAUAGCAAAUUCUCGAUUGCGUCCGAAGAAGCUCCCGAACGACCUAUUUCCAGCCAUUCUAGCGACACAAUCAGCAGUGGCAAGACUAUCUUUCUCCACCCAGAUGAGAGCGGACAAUUUGUUCCCCACCCUGUGAAGACACCGCAAACCACACUAUCUUCUGAAAACAGGGAUAGUAGCACCAGUCAUCCGCCUAGUGCUGGCAUUGAGAAUGUCGUCGAACCCAAAAAGUCACUGAUGAUACCACCUGGUUCUACCGUACCCGCCUCGUCUUAUAGCUUGCGCAGCCGAACACGGAGCAAGCUCGUGUACGACGUGAAGUACCAUCCCAUGGACGAUGCCGUUCGACCCUCUCAGGCUGCCAAACGUCGCUCGGCGCAUGGAGAAAAGCCAGUCCCCGAGUCUGGCGAUUCAAGCGAGGCUUCUAGCUUCAUCGAUACUGACGCUGAUGAGACCGAGUCGGACGAUGCACAAAGCGAGGGAGAAGAAGAGGAGGAGGAGGAGAUACCGAAGCGAAGGACGAAGAGCAAGGCACGCAAGCAGACCAAGUCGCGACCAGUACCUACCGAGGGUACGAGACGGUCUACACGCAACAUCUCGGGUAUCAAGGCAUUGUAUGAUAUGGGUAUACACCCUCAGGACAAGUAUCUCGUCAUAUCCAGCGAUGAUGACGACAGACCAACCUCAAGCAACAAACACAAGAAGCUCUCGCGUAAGCGUGCGAACCCCGGAUAUGAAACAACAUCCAAUCCCAAAGGCGCCAAGAGGUCUAAAGCAGUCCAUGGGAGGCGGUCGCACCCCGCCGACUGCGAUACGUCCGAUGCGUUGGACUUGGACUCCAGUGGUGCGCCCGUAUUCGCUAGUGUGGAGGUUCGCAACGACAUCGAGCCCAGCGCUCCUACUGUCGCCCUCACACCCCCGCGCUUGCUGUAUAUCGCUGAUACUACUGGCCAUGGCAUCCGACGACGGGAAGGUAUGGAUGUCUGGCACUAUCCUCCAGGAAAGAGAUACCUCAACCACGAUCGAGACUAUUGGCCUAUCCUCCCAGGCGAGGCCUUCGAAAUCUUUCAAGAGAAACUUGAAGACCAGCUAGCGCGCGAAGCAAUGGAAGCAUCACCACUGAACUAUGAGCAUGAUAAUAAGGAAAACUCCAGCAACACAGGCCUCGAGCCGCUCAUCGAGGAGCAUGAAGGGAUGUCCGUCAUACCGGUUGCGCAAUAUCGACAGUCGAGCGCCGGAGAACAGCUGGCGGACCGACACUCCCUCGUCUCCAGCGCUCUUUACUCCGACCAACCUCCGCAGACGUAUGGCUUAGACGGGACUGACAAUAUCCACGAAUCUCACCAGAAUGACCUCUUUGACGGCAUGGACAUACUGGCAUCUGGACAAUGUUUGCCUCCGGAUCAGACUCAACCCGAAGCGCAGACUGAGACGCAGGACUCGGUGCUUGGUCCCAGCCUGAUCAGCGAUAUUCCAGUGUCCGAUUUGUGAGUUGAUUAUCACACAUUCGCUAUGAUUAUACGGGCAUACGCAUAAGGGGCUACAUCGUUACUAUUUUCGCCAGUCUUCUGCAAUCGCCCUAUGGAUGGGCGUUCUCUUCCGUGAAGUGUCAUUGCAUACCUGCAACUCGUUGCAACUAUGCAUGAUCCUAGGGUUGAGAUAUGUUCCUUUAUAUUCAAGUCCAACCCAUGACAGUACGGGGGGCAUGAGGUUAUCAAGUACGAUGAUUUAUAUGUAGCUUGUUGCAGGGAC